AUGAAAGUAGGAGGAAACGACUCUGCCACCAAGUUCUUUCAGUCGAAUGGCGGUAGUGCGGCGCUGGCAAGCAAGGAUGCGAAAGUCAAGUAUACUUCGAAUGCGGCCAACAAAUACAAAGACGAGCUGAAACGCAGGGCUGCCAGAGAUGCGGAAGAGUAUCCUGAAGAAGUGGUUAUAACAGACGAUGUUUCAAGUACUCCUGGCGAUGGUACCUCGACGCCCGCAACAGACAACGCAGACGACGAUUUCUUCUCUUCAUGGGACAAGCCAGCUAUCAAGAGGCCUAGUAAUCCUCCUUCCCGAGUCGGCACUCCUCCGGUAAUUUCUCGUACAGCCUCGCCCUUCCUGUCUGCAGGUAACCCAAAUGGCGCGGCUGGAAGGCCGAAGUCACCACUGAAUGCGACAGCGGCUGCGGAAGAUGCUGCAGAGAAGUCUCUACCUGCACCCGCCGCCAUCCGAGCUAAUUCUGCCACAUCUAUACGCAAGCCUGGUAUGGCGCCUGGCGCUGCCGCGACACGAAAGAAUAUUCUAGGUGCAAAGAAGACUACGAAAUUAGGCGCGAAGAAGGUGGUGGGAGAAGAGAUUGACUUUGAGGCAGCCGAGAAAGCUGCAAAGGCAGAGGCAGAUAGGAUAGAAAAGCUGGGCUACGAUCCUGAAGCCGAGAAGGCUUUUGAAGACAAGAAAAACAAGACAACUACCGUCACUGCAAGCACAGACAUCAAGUCUCCCAAGCCAACGACUCCUACCGCCACCGCAAAGCAGCAACACCAACGAAGCCCUAGCGAGGUCGAAAGGUUAGGUAUGGGACAGGCAAGACUGGGAUUUGGCAUGGUAGGGAGAUCUGCAGCUCCUGCCGCUGCCGCACCCAAGAAAUUGGGCUUUGGAUCUGUCGGUACUGCCAAACCAGCUGCGCAAGAAGAUGACGACGAACUCUACGCUCGCCAAAAAUUUGGUACACAGAAGGGCAUUUCCUCAGACGAGUUCUUCGGUCGCAACGCCUUUGAUCCUUCUGCACAAAGUGAGGCCAAGACACGUCUACAGGGUUUUGAGGGUGCAACCUCGAUAUCUUCGAACGCAUACUUUGGUCGACCUGAAGAUGAUAUACCCGAGGCAGGAAGUGACGAUCUAGAAAGUGUUGCGAAAGAUUUUGUCAGAAAGAUGGGGAUUAACGCUGGUGAUGAUUUGGAGAAUCUGAUCAGUGUUGCUGGUGAGGGUGGUAGGAGGUUGAGGGGUGCUGUUGCGAGAUACCUCAACUCUUAG